AUGGCGGAGAACCACUGUGAGCUGCUGCCGCCGGCCCCGGGCGGCCUCGGGGCGGGGCUGGGGGGCGGCCUGUGCCGCCGCUGCAGCGCGGGGCUCGGCGCCCUGGCCCAGCGCCCCAGCUGUGUGUCCAAGUGGGUCCGGCUCAACGUGGGCGGCACCUAUUUCCUCACCACUCGACAGACGCUGUGCCGGGACCCCAAGUCCUUCCUGUACCGCCUGUGCCAGGCCGACCCGGACCUGGACUCGGACAAGGAUGAAACAGGUGCCUACUUGAUCGACAGAGAUCCCACCUACUUUGGGCCUGUGCUGAACUACCUGAGGCAUGGGAAGCUAGUCAUCAACAAGGACCUCGCCGAGGAAGGAGUAUUGGAGGAAGCAGAAUUUUACAAUAUCACCUCACUAAUAAAACUUGUAAAGGAUAAAAUUAGAGAACGAGACAGCAAAACAUCACAGGUGCCCGUGAAGCAUGUGUACCGCGUGCUGCAGUGUCAGGAGGAAGAGCUCACGCAGAUGGUGUCCACCAUGUCUGACGGCUGGAAGUUUGAACAGCUGGUCAGCAUCGGCUCCUCCUACAAUUAUGGAAAUGAAGACCAGGCUGAAUUCCUUUGUGUGGUCUCCAAGGAGCUGCACAACACUCCAUACGGUACGACCAGCGAGCCCAGUGAGAAGGCCAAGAUUUUGCAGGAACGGGGUUCCAGGAUGUGAGAGGCACUGCCGACAGCUCAAGAAACCAUUUACUUUUUCCCAAGAUGCAAUGAGCCGCCAUGUCCAGGAAGCUUGGCCGUGAGAAGAAAUCUGCUUUUGAUUAUUUUUCUAGAGAUCUGGGUGUGAAUCCUUCUUUGCCUCUGAGGUGGGUGGUGAGAGACGGCCCAUCUGUCUGAGCUCAGGCCUCACCACAGACGAGGCACAGUGGCUGGCUGCGCUGUGUAGGGCCUGAGGCAGCUGCCGGCAGCUGCGCAGCUGCAGGACCCACAGACCCUUUGGAGGCCGGCAUUCUUGGUGCUACACACAUUCUUGGUCGGGGGGGACAGCCUGAGCCGAGGGCAGUGGCUGAGCCCGUGGCCGGCAGGCGCUGUGCGAGCACCAGGCCUCAUUUCUGGGGCAGGGCCUUGGCGCCGGCCGUUCCCACCCACUGCAGUGGGUCGACCGAGGUGGCCUCUGUGUCUUCACUACUUCCGGGCGCUGAGGCUUCUUAGCUGGUGGUUUCCCGGUGAGCUGGUGUGUGUGUGUGCGUGUCUGUCCCUUUUUUCAGGUGUGGGUAGGCCACCUGGUGUUGGUACUCGAAGAUGCCUCGGGGUGGGCUGUGCUGUGGUGGCUGUGCCGGUCGCUGGGUGGGAGGUGGAGGGCCUGCCCGGGAGUCCAGCAGAGCUGGUACCCACCAGUGCCUUUGUUGCCUGGGGGGGGGGGUGGCCACUGGGACUGUGGGCCAUGUUGAAGACGCGGGCUGUUAACAGUGCCCCACAGUCUGCCUGUUUCUUGUGUAACUAUGCAUUCUGCCGUGUUUACGGAUGUGAGAUGCUACACGGCCGAUGCGGGAGCUGCUGGGGCCCCUCGGAGUCGGCCUGUCCCGCCACCAAGCUCCUGGUUACUCCAGCUGUGGCUUGCAGGGUGGCUGUGUUUCCUGACCCUGGGGCUGCCCGGCGAAUCCGAGCACUGACACCGUGCAGUUCCAAAUGCUUCUGGAGGCUUCUGGCCCCGAUCCUCGUUCCCCAGUCCCCCAGCGUCUGGGACUCACCUCUUUUUUUAAGGUCUCUUGUAUUUUGUUAAAUGUUUGGCUUGAACCAUUUAUAACAAUCUUUGUAGAGGAUGGACUAAGCCCCCAGCUGACCCCACCGCGCCCAAUGGAGCCCAGGAGGAAGCUGGCCUUGGUGUUGGGGGGCAUUCUGCCCGGGGACGCUGGCUGCUUAGCGCUGUUUGAUUUGUGACCUUGAUGUAAUAGGUAGGCUUGUGGGUUUUGUUUUUGUUUUUGUUUUAAUUUAAAGACAUUAAGACUUAAUUCACUAAAAUUUAUUCUAAGGGGAUAUUUAUACUUUUAUACUUUUUUAGGUAUCCGUAUUUUAUCAGCUUACCGUUUAAUGCCUAAGUUUCCCCUGAAAAUAGCAAAUAAAAUUGUGUAUUUAUGAAA